AAUCAAAGGAACGCAAAUUUACAAUCCAGAAAAAGGUCGUUGGGUUGAAUUAGGUGCAUUGGACGUAUUACAAAUGUUAGGUCGUGCCGGUCGUCCACAGUACGAUACAAAAGGUGAAGGUAUAUUAAUAACCAAUCAUAGUGAACUGCAGUACUACUUGUCGCUAUUGAAUCAACAGCUUCCAAUCGAAAGUCAGAUGGUGUCAAAAAUGCCGGACAUGUUGAAUGCUGAAAUUGUAUUGGGAACAGUACAAAAUGUUCGUGAUGCCGUAAUCUGGUUGGGUUAUACAUACCUCUAUGUUCGAAUGCUGAAACAGCCAACCCUCUACGGAAUAUCAUUCGAUCGUCUAAAAGAAGAUCCUCAUUUGGAGCAGUUCCGUGCUGAUUUAAUCCACACGGCAGCUUUGCAUUUGGAUCGUAGUGGUUUGGUUAAAUACGAUCGUAAGAGUGGUCAGUUCCAAGUGACCGAGCUGGGUCGAAUCGCUUCUCAUUACUAUUGUACACACGAAACGAUUAUGACAUACAAUCAAUUGUUGAAGCCAACCCUAAGUGAAAUUGAAUUGUUCCGUGUGUUUUCAUUGUCGGGUGAAUUCCGCAAUAUCAAUGUACGCGAGGAGGAAAAAUUGGAAUUACAAAAAUUAAUGGAGCGUGUACCGAUCCCAAUCAAAGAAAGUAUCGAAGAGCCAUCGGCUAAAGUGAAUGUUUUACUUCAGGCAUACAUUUCGCAAUUAAAACUGGAAGGUUUUGCAUUGAUGUCCGAUAUGGUGUAUGUCACUCAGUCGGCGUGUCGAUUGUUGCGUGCCAUUUUCGAAAUAGUAUUGCACCGUGGCUGGGCUCAGUUGGCCGAAAAAACAUUGACCCUUUGCAAAAUGGUGGAUCGUCGUAUGUGGCAGUCAAUGUCACCGUUACGUCAAUUCCGUAAAAUGCCCGAAGAGAUUGUGAAAAAAAUCGAAAAGAAAAAUUUCCCAUGGGAUCGUUUGUACGAUUUAGAACCGAAUGAAAUCGGUGAAUUGGUUCGAGUGCCAAAACUCGGUAAAACAAUUCAUAAGUUUGUGCAUCAAUUCCCCAAAUUGGAAUUAUCGACGCAUAUUCAACCGAUUACUCGUGCAACAUUGCGCGUUGAAUUGACCAUUACGCCCGAUUUUCAAUGGGACGAAAAGGUGCAUGGAGAGUCGGAAGGAUUUUGGAUUUUAAUUGAAGACGUUGAUUCCGAAGUCAUUUUGCAUCAUGAAUUUUUCUUGUUGAAAGCAAAAUACGCGGCCGAUGAACAUCUGGUGAAAUUUUUCGUGCCCGUUUUUGAACCAUUACCACCGCAAUAUUUCUUACGAAUUGUAUCCGAUCGAUGGAUUUCGGCCGAAACACAAUUGCCAAUUUCAUUCCGUCAUUUGAUUUUGCCUGAAAAGAAUCUACCACCAACUGAAUUACUCGAUCUGCAACCACUUCCGAUAUCAGCAUUACGGAAUGCAAAAUAUGAAAUUUUGUACAACAAUAAACAGGUGGCUUUCCCACAAUUCAAUCCGAUUCAAACACAAGUGUUUAAUGCUGUCUACAACAGUGACGACAACGUAUUCAUCGGUGCACCAACAGGAAGUGGUAAAACAACAAUUGCCGAAUUUGCGGUAUUGCAUUUGUUUGCACAACAAUCGGACGGUCGUUGUGUGUAUUUGGUGUCAAAAGAAGCAUUGGCCGAUUUAGUGUUUGCCGAUUGGCAUGCAAAAUUCAGUUCAUUGCUUGGCGUCAAAGUGGUUAAGCUGACGGGUGAAACCGGCACCGAUUUGAAACUCUUGGCCAAGGGUCAGAUUAUCAUAACAACGGCCGAUCGAUGGGAUAUUCUAUCGCGACGUUGGAAACAACGUAAGAACGUACAAAAUGUGCAUUUGUUUAUUGUGGACGAAUUGCAAUUGAUUGGCGGCGAAGAAGGACCCGUAUUGGAAGUGGUUUGCUCUCGAAUGCGGUAUAUUUCGUCACAAAUUCACACAUCCAGCGAUCGUCAAAUUCGAAUUGUCGCCCUAUCGUCAUCAUUAUCCGAUGCACGUGACGUGGCUCAGUGGUUGGGCUGCAACGCCAAUUGUACAUUCAAUUUUCAUCCAAGUGUACGACCGAUUCCACUUGAAUUGCACGUGCAAGGAUUCAAUAUGACUCACAAUGCAUCGCGAAUUUCAUCGAUGUCGAAACCAGUUUACAACGCCAUCGUCAAAUACAGUCCAAUCAAACCGGUCAUUGUAUUUGUGUCAUCGCGUAAACAAGCCCGUUUGACAGCCAUCGAUAUAUUAACAUAUGCCGCUGCUGAGGCGCAACCAAAUCGAUUUUUUCACGCUGAAGAGUCAGAUAUUCAACCGUUUUUGGAGAAUAUGACCGAUAAAACGUUGAAAGAAACAUUGUCACAGGGUGUGGCCUACAUUCAUGAAGGUCUUACAACGGCAGAUCAUCGAGUUGUUGAACAACUCUUCCAAACGGGAGCCAUUCAAAUUGCCGUUGUUACACGUGAACUGAGCUGGGGCAUUAGUAUUUCGGCCCACUUGACCGUUAUCAUGGACACACAAUAUUACAAUGGCAAAAAUCAUUCGUACGAAGACUAUCCAAUAACUGAUGUGCUACAAAUGAUUGGUCGUGCCAACCGACCAUUAGACGAUCAUGAUGCGAAAUGCGUAUUGAUGUGUCAAACAUCGAAAAAAGACUUUUUCAAGAAAUUCUUAAGCGAAAGUCUACCGAUUGAAAGCCAUUUGGACCAUCGACUACACGAUCACUUUAAUGCAGAAAUCGUUACCAAGACCAUUGAGAACAAACAAGACGCUGUCGAUUAUCUUACGUGGACAUUCCUCUAUCGACGUCUCACACAAAAUCCAAAUUAUUACAAUUUACAAGGGGUCACCCAUAGACACUUAUCCGAUCAUUUGUCCGAGUUGGUGGAGAACACCCUCAACGAUUUGGAGCAAUCGAAGUGCAUCAGCAUCGAAGAUGGCAUGGAUACUUUACCAUUGAAUUUGGGCAUGAUUGCUGCUUACUACUACAUCAAUUAUACAACCAUUGAAUUGUUCAGCUUAUCGUUGAAUAGCAAAACGAAAAUCAGAGGUUUGCUCGAAAUCAUUUCGUCGGCCGCUGAAUAUGAGGAUGUUGUGGUACGACAUCAUGAAGAGAACAUUUUACGAAGUUUGGCACAACGAUUGCCAAAUAAAUUGACCGGACCAAAUGGGUCAUCGCCCAAAUACAAUGAUCCGCACAUCAAAACCAAUCUGUUGUUGCAAGCCCAUUUAUCACGUAUACAACUAGGUCCCGAAUUACAAGGUGACACUGAGCAAAUCCUCAGUAAAUCGAUUCGUUUGAUUCAAGCAUGUGUGGAUGUGUUAAGUUCAAAUGGUUGGCUAUCGCCGGCAGUCGCUGCCAUGGAACUUGCACAAAUGGUAACGCAAGCAAUGUGGAGCAAAGAUUCAUAUCUUAAGCAAUUGCCACACUUCAAUGCUGACAUUAUCAAGCGAUGCAAAGAGACUGACAUCGAAACUGUCUUUGAUAUCUUGGAAUUGGAGGAUGGUGAUCGUAUUCGUCUGUUAAAUUUGGAUGAAAGUCAAAUGGCUGAUGUUGCACGAUUCUGU